ACUCUCCACUUUUCCUUCAUCUUGUUGAUUCUCAACAUGGCAAUUCCCAUCAACGAGAUGAUCACGGUGGCAAUGAUACAGAAAACACCUUCCCAUAAAUCUUCCGAGCUCGUCCAGAUAUCCUUAUGUAACGAGUAGAAAGCACCAAUAAAUCCAGCACCGAUAAUUAAACAGAUUACUACCCCUAUAAUCGACCCUAGCCAUACUUGAAGCCUUAGCUUCUUGUAGACGACAGGGUCAUCGUGGACUCCACCCAAACCUUGUUUCAAGAACGCCAACAAGACGGAUACCACCACAAUUGCUUCCAAGGCUUCACGGAAAACAAUGAAGAAAAUCUGAACGUUAAAUACGUUUACCAUUAUUUAAUUUGAAUAUACAAACAACUAGGACUAGCCUAUUAGUGUGAUUAUACUAUAAGGGAUUAUUAGGAAAAUAAAGGGUAAAGAGAAAAAAAAUAAUUUGCAGUGGGAAUCCUCUGACUUUAUAGGAUUUGACACACAAAACCAUCCAAUCCUAGGGGGCAUGAAAAUUUUUUAUCAGAUACCAUCAGUGCAGGGCACACCAACCACAGGUAGUUCGUAAUUGGGUUUUGCGGCACGGGGCACCAUACUGGCAACGAUGAUUGGCUGUUUUCGGGGUACUUUUUGAGGGCGGAACACCGACGUGCAUACUGCCCGUUUUAAGCCCUCUGACUGGUGUUCGGUCAACGAGCCCUUGUCGGCUAUAAAGAAUGUCAAGGACAAGGGCUUUGUCGGGUACUGGCCUUUAAGCAGUAGCUCAUCUAGACUUCCUUAUUAGGUGUAGAGGCAUUUUCGCGCAAUUCUGGGAGGCCUGGGGUAGGCCUGGUAAGAGUUGAUGGUAGUCGCUUGGCAGUGGUUGCUUUGGCAGACUUGACAGGUGUCGCAAUUGUGUCAGUUUUGACAGGCUUGGCUGUCGAUUUCAGGUUGAGAGUCGGUAAAAUGAAAAAAUGAGAGGAGUUAGACGGAAAUUUAGGGCCGGCACCGUGGUGGUACAGAAGCUCUGAGGCAGGAAAGGUGCACCUACCCCUUUUGCGCAUUAUGACCCAAUGACCUUUGAGUGUGGUAAUGAUAAAGUGGUGGCUAUUUUAUGAAUAAAGUAUUGACUUUUGUAUUAACUUUUGACUGAGAUACAUAUAAGGCUUUUGCCGAAAUUGGAAAGUCUCUAUUGUGCUGUGUGUGGAUUGGCCACAAAGUUUCAGGCGGUGCGGCGAGUCGAUCUUGGCUGCUUGGCUGCAGGAGAGGAAAAUGCCUGGAGUAGGGAUUUCAGGGAUGAACAGCAACGCUUCUACCAGACUCCCAUCUCACUUUAUCUGCGAUUUCCCAGCAUUUUUCUCGAGUGGUUAGAACUGCGAAUUCAGUGGCUCAAUUUUAGUCAAGUUGUAACUACAUAAAAAUGAAAAGAAAAUGCCGUAUAGGAAAACAUAAUUCAAAGUUAAUAGAGUUAGUGUCGAUCAAAGUCUACGCUGUUACCAGGACAUUCUCAAGUCAUGAACACGUGUCGCUAUAUAUUUUGUAGUAUGUCUUAGGAGAUUUUUGCAACAUAUGCAUAAUGAGUUGAAGAGUCUAAUACUCAAAGUGCUCGCAUCGAAAAAUACUGGCACGUUAAUGAACCAACUAUGUUCUCUACGAGGACAUUUGAACUCCAUCACCACAAUUGAAACCCGCCACAACCUCAUCGUCUCCACAGAUGAUCAUGGUUGGAUCAUCGUCUGGGACUUUCACACCCAUAAAGCGCUCUACUGCUGGAAGGGCCAUGAUAAAACCGUUCUCACCACUCGAAUUCUCGAUGACCAUCACAUUUUAACUCAUUCCAAAGACAGUGAAAUCCGCAUCUGGGACCUAUCGCCUAGCCAAAUAGGCAAAUUGACCUCAAACCUACCUGAUUUGACCUUCAAUGAAUUGACUUACUUGAAUGACGAAACAAGUUCGCUUGUAGCCAAGUUCCCAUUGCCAAAAUUCGAUUCAAUUCCUGUUAACUCACUCAAUUUCUGUAAUAUUGACUACCACGAAGGUCUUUUAAUAACCCCAUCCACCAUCGACUCCGACAAUUUCGACAUCUACCAAGUUGACCCCAUAGACUUCAAUAUCUCCAGACUCAUCCACAAUUGCAGUGGUUUUAAACACUACAAACACCAUACCGGGUAUAUCGAAGAGAUCAAUGGAACCAAAAGAGAUGGAUUUGGAAUCAUCAUGAUAGCUAAGUUCGUGAAUCAUGAGAGGUUUUUUAUCGGGUACGAGUCGGGUCAUUUGCUAGGGUUCAGACUUGAGUUCCCGUCUUCUCAGAGCAAUUUCACCAGCACCAACACCACUCAACUGAGAUCUAUUAUCAACAAAGAACCCAAGAUUUCGUUGGUAUACUACAACGAAUUCCAUGUUCCCAAUCCCAUAUUGUCCAUAGAGGUGCUUGAUUCCACACAGCUUCUUGUGGGUUCUACUGGUAAGAAAAUCACUGUUCACAAUAUCGAAAGCACCGAUAUAUUAAAUGACGAGGUCAGAGAAAUAAACGUCAAGUAUAAGGGAAUCCAGUCAAUUCAAGUCAUAAACAACCUUAUAGUCACGGGGACUUGGAACGGGGUAAUCAAGAUUUUUGACACUAAAAAUGACUUCAUGCUUGUAGAUAAGCAUGAAAUUAAACUACCAAGACUCAAUACUCUUACAAGUAAUCACCACCAGAAUGACCAGCUAAUAGAGUCGAGUCAGAAGUUCUCUGCUCUAAGAAUCCAGCAUUAUAAUAGUUCGAUAAACUCGAAUUCAAAAUAUAAGAACAUUGUUUUAAGGAAGAAACUGAAUAAACUAUUGGUGUUGGUGGGAUACAACAACGGGAGACUCAUGGUGUUUGAAAUCGACAAAAGAGAAUAGCUACAGAGUCUUUUGUGAGCACUUAUGUUCAAUAAACGAUAGUCUUAUAAUGAAAUAAAGAUUGUAGACGUGAAUAUGGCUUAAUUAGGAAGUCACUUGUAUAUCCUUUUUAUAUCCCAGGUUGCUAUUAGUGCUAUUAUUGGCAUUAUUGGCGUUAUUACUAUUUCCCCCGUACACGGAUUUUCUCUUGCUCUUGUGCUUGCUCUUAUCUGUGUGAUGAUUAUGGGAAGGAGGGGUUGGAGUUCUGGUUCUUUCGAGUUUGUUAUCUUCAAUUCGGGAGUAUCUCUUUUUCUUGUUAUUUACAUUAUUUUUCUUGGUAUUUUGCCUCCAGAGUUUGGGCUCUUCAAUGAGAGUGGCUUCUUCAUCAAAUGACGAAUUAACUGCUUCGGUGGAGUCCAAUAUUAGUUGGUCAAAAUUUAUUUCUUUCAAAACUCCUGCCUCAGAGGGCUGCUGCUGCUGGUUCAUUUCAUUGAUUUUCAACUCCAAAUCCGGAUAGUUUUCCCUCAACGAGAUCAAGUUAUCCAAGUUAUCCUGUAAGAUCGCCUUUGUGUCCUGACCGUGGAUUCUAGAUACUGAAGCAAGUUUAGCCAAUAAAUCCAAGAUUAGCUUGUUCCUAUUGAAAUAUAGGUUAUCAAGAGUCUUCCUCUUAUUGGUCAAGCCGUCCAACAAAGCGUCUAUAUCCUUGUCGUUAUCCCCGAAACUUGACAACAAAUUCUCGUACUUGGUGACGUAUUCCUGUUUAAAGGCCUUGUGCUCCUGGUUCAACUUCAUCACCUCCGAUUCAUAAUGUUUUUUGUACUCCAACUGACUGGCAGCCAAAGCGUCAUACGCGAUCUUCAAUCGUUCACACUCGGCGGUCGACGACGCACUCAGUUCUUGUAAACUCUCGUAUCUGAUUUUCAUGUUUUUAGUUGUCAUCUUGAAGUUCUCGUUGGAGGACAUGACGUUAUUAUACUCAGCUUCCAAAUCGACGAUCCGUCUCUCCUUACGCGUCAACAAGGCGUUUAUCAUGUCAUUUUCAUGUUUGGCGUUGGCUAGUUGAUCCACAAACAGCUCAUUCCGGCGAGUUACAAUCUCACACUUCUUUUUGUACGUGGAGUUGGAUACCUUGAGAUUUUCUAAUUCCUCUUUCAAAGCAUCGAUCUCUUUGUGUAACGUGUCGAUGACCUUGGAAGAGGUAGGCUUCCUGCUCGGACUGUCUUCCAUCUUGACAAACCAGGGUCUUUUUUGUGUAGUUAGAAAAAAAGUGUGUCUUGAUUUCGGUUGAC